GCCUGUUAACGCGGGAUCGAAACGGACGCUGAAGAUGCUCUAUUUAGCUGGUAUUAUCGUCUUCGUAACGAUUGUCGACGCUACGCUUCACCUGGAUUGCCCUCUCUACUGCGAGUGCGACUGGGCGUCCUGGAGCGUCUCCUGCUCCGACCUCCAGCUGCUGCCCGCAUUCCACCCCAGCACCACGGAGGUCUACAUCUCUGAGGAUAAAACUUUAAGAGGCCUUGAUCGACACUCCUUCUAUAACAGUCCCAGGAUGAGCCACAUAGAACUAAGAAGCCUCAGAAAACUGUCCUCCAUCCACCCGGAGGCCUUCCAGGACCUACCUCACCUGCAGUAUCUCGGCAUACUUAACACAGGUCUCAGCUCCUUCCCUGCCCUUAAACUCAUCCUAUCAGUGCAAGCGGAGUUUGUUUUGGAGAUCGUGGAUAAUACUUUAUUAGAAGUGAUACCUGCUAAUGCUUUCAAUGGAUUAUCUGAGAAUUAUUUAACGAUCAUGUUCAAUGGCAACGGCCUGCGCAGCAUUCAGCCGUAUGCCUUCAACGAGAGCCGCCUGGAGGAAGUGUAUCUCAACAUGAAUGUGGAUUUGGAAACAGUUGACGCUUUGGCCUUUUCUGGAGUCAUUCACGGUCCAACACUUCUAGACCUCUCAGAGACCAGAGUGACCACUUUACCCUCAAUGGGACUGGGAGCCGUGCAGACAUUCCAAGCUAAAAACACUUGGGGCCUCAAGCAACUGCCCCCCCUUACAGCGUUUCUGCAUCUCCAGAGUGCUGAGCUGACCUUCCCCAGCCACUGCUGUGGCCUCUCAAAGCUGACGCGGUGGAGAGGACAAACAGAAGAAGUAAUUUGCAACCUGACGAAGACUCUGGGACUGAGGUCUCCCCAGGGGGGUUCCUCCAGGCGCUUCGGGAGACACACCAUCACCCAGCAGGAGGACUUUCUGCACAACAGCAGUCUCCAGACCUUUGCAAACCCUUACCACCACUUCCUCCAUCCCGACCUCUUCCGUCCGUCCGAGCUGUGGCCCAACGAGGGCCCCUACUUCGUGGACCUGCCCACCGAGCCGCCGGAGGAGGGCUUAGACUACGCGCUGUGCAGUGACCCGCUCGCCCACCAGAGGGCGGUGGCCUGUGUGCCUGAGCCGGACGCGCUGAACCCCUGCGAGGACGUGAUGAGCCAGGGCUUCCUCCGGAUGGCGGUGUGGGCCGUCAGCCUGCUGGCCAUCCUGGCCAACCUGCUGGUCCUGUUGGUCCUGCUCACCAGCCGCCGCCGGCUCUCCAUCACACGCUUCCUCAUCUGCCAUCUGGCCUUCGCCGACCUCUGCAUGGGCGUGUACCUGCUGCUCAUCGCCGCGGUGGACGUCUACACGCGCUCCCACUACUACCAGCACGCCGUCGCCUGGCAGACAGGGGCCGGCUGCCAGCUGGCGGGCACGCUGUCCGUCUUCUCCUGCGAGCUGUCGGUCUACACGCUCACCGCCAUCACGCUGCAGCGCUGGCACGCCAUCUACUUCGCCAUGAGCCCCGAGCGCCGGCUGCGGCUCCGCCACGCCGCCGCCGCCAUGCUGGGCGGCUGGCUGCUGUGUCUGACGCUGGCGCUGCUGCCGCUGGUCGGCGUCAGCAGCUACCAGCGGGUGAGUGUCUGCCUCCCCAUGGACGUGGAGACGGCCGCGGCCCGCGUUUACGUGGUCCUGGUGCUGAGCUUCAACGUCCUGGCCUUCACCGUGGUGGUGGCCUGCUACCUGCACAUCUACUGCAUGGUGCACAACCCCCGGCACCAGUCCAGCCGGCACGACGCCAGCAUGGCCCAGCGCAUGGCCGUGCUCAUCUUCACCAACUUCCUGUGCGUGGCGCCCAUCUCCUUCUACGGGCUGUCGGCGCUCCACCGGCCGCUCAUCACCAUCACCGACUCCAAGGUGCUGCUGGUUCUGUUCUUCCCUCUGAACUCCUGCACUCAGCCCUUCCUGUACGCCCUGCUGACCCGGGCCUUCCAGUGGGACGCCGCGGCCAUGCUGAGCCGGGUCGGGCUUUGGAGGCCGCAGGCACCGCUCUGCUGA